AUGUCAAGCCUCAGCGGCCUCGCACUCCCGACCCACAAAGUCUCCUACCACAGCAGUAUGAGCGCGCACGCCAAAAAGGUAAAGCCCAAGCCACCGCCGUUACUUGCCAUCGCUGCCCAAGAACGAAAGGUGAUGGAGCUUCGGGAAGAGCUCCAGCGGGCCGAAACCGAUUUGACCCGCCUGAAGGAAAAGUGGAUUCACGAAGACCAGGCCAAGAAGAACGCGGAAACGAAGGACCCGGAUGAGCCCCAACUGCGACUUCGGUCGCGGAGAUCAUUGUGGAGACUUUAUUCGCUGUAUCACAUGCAGGAGACAGAUACACAGGAGGGUUCGCAGGCAUCCUUGGACAAUCGAUAUACUCCGGUGGCUGCUCCACAGUGCACGGCUAUCUCUGUGUUUGGUCGCCGCUUUCUGCAGGGCUCGCGUAUGCGGAAGCUCUCGCUCGUGUCGCUCUAUGCGGAGGCAGGGAAAAGCCAACCAAACAAAGAGACCCACAUCGACCACGAAAAAGGGUGGAUCAGCCCUCAAAAAUGGUGGGAAUACCUCGAUCUGGACUCCCACAGUGUCUUGAUGAUGCUGAAAGGAGCGCUGGCUCCAACCAUUACCAUCGCCAUAUACCAGAGCAAUGCGAUCUCAGACAUCACAUCGACAAUCGGGUACCUGUCGGCCCUGAUCUCUGUCCUCUCGCAGGGCCUGAUGCCUCGAGCAAAGUUCAUGAAGAUCAUGUUCUUCGACCUGCUCUCUACGUGUGUCUCUGCCUCUCUUUGCUGUCUCGCUGUUUUCUGUGCUGUCAAGGCGAGAGAGCAUACUACGUCACCGGAUGCGAGUGAGGCUGUUCGAACGGGUUAUAAUAGCGAUGCCUGCGCCGUAUCGGCCAUUUGGCUAAUCUUCAUGAUUUGGGGUGCUAACUCCCUCCGCGCACUGAAGCCAAUGGAGCUGCAAGACCCAAUGGUUGCAUUUUCUAUCUUCGCCUCUGUCACAAUUACCCGCGCCGGCAUGUUCACCUCCCUAGCAGAGGGACUCGAGUUCGUCUCCCGCCUGCUGAAAGGAUUCAUGAUCGGCUUCGCCAUCGCGACCGGUGUCUCACUCUUGAUUUUACCAAUUACGAGUCGAGAUAAUGUCUUCCACGAUGUGAGAAGUGCGGACGCGGAUGCAGACGCGGAUGCAGGCACCGGGGUGAAUCAGGGUCCCGCGGGACAGAGCGAGACAGAUCUGCAGUCGAAGGUUAAGGCGCUGCAGGGGUCUGUGACGAAGCUCAAUGGAUUGCACAUCAAGUUGCACGCUGAUGUGUUCUACUCUAGAGACGAGAUCGCGUGGGGGAAACUGUCAGCCGUGGAUCUGAGUGAUAUCGCCUCGCUUUUCCGGUCUCUUCUGCUCCCUCUCUCUGGAAUGUCCAUGUUGCCGGAGAUUCUGGAGAUGAUCGUCAAGAAUGGGAGCCCGCGUGAGGGUCCCUUUCUCCAAAAGAGCCGGAAUCAGGAUCGUGCGGAUCGCGCUGAUCUAGGGGAAAUUUCGAAUGAGAUGGUGAAAGUGGUGGAGACGCACCACGCGCGGCUCCUGGAUGCUGCUUGUCUGGUUCGUCUUGGCUUGGAGCAUUUUUUGCUCGCCCUGGAGCUUAUUUCGGCUAAGCAUUUGGCCAAGAAAAAGACGCAUCGUGGGGUGCUGGACUGGGACGAGGAAGCAAGGGGGGAAAGGUUGUGUCCUGGCCAGAGCACGUUUACGUCACGCUUUGAGGGGGAGUUGCAUGCUUAUUACUCGCGGAGGAAACAGCUGCCCGAGGCGCUGGCGAGCCUCGAGGCAUUUUCCGAGAAACAUGUUGAAGGGGAGAGUGUUUUCUCUACGGAUCCGGAUGUGCGACAGGAAUUCUUCUUGAUUCUGUACAUGGGUCAUUUACAGGAUGAUUUGCUGUCGGCCACGCUGAGAUUGGUUCCUUUUGCGGAGAGGAAGGUGCAGGAUGGGACGAUGGCGCGCGGCAGGUUGAUUUUUCCGAAGCCAAAGUCUGUGAGAGAAUGGUUAUCCUUGAACAUCGGCAAGAAGGAUGGCCAAAGCCCGUCGGCUAGCAGACAGUCCUCGCAUUUUGACCCUUCAAAUAUCCUUCGCGAUGAACUAUCGACUGGGUUUCCUGACCCGGAACAUCUGCCACCAGAAAAAGCCUGGGAGAAGGGGAGUAUUAUUCUGCGUAAGAUUUCUCACUCGCUCAAGUCGGAUCAGAGCACGUUUGGAUUCCGUGUGGCGGCGGCUUCGUUCUCGGUUGGCAUUCUUGCCUACCUGCACCAGACACAGGACUUUUUCAUUCGACAGCGAUGCAUCUGGGCAAUGAUCGUCAUUGUCAUCGAGAUGAACCCGACCAGUGGACAGACCAUGUUCGGAUUUGUCGUCCGUAUAGCGGCAACUGUCAUUUCGCUUGCUCUGAGUCUGAUCGUAUGGUAUAUCGUUGACGGAAAGACGGCUGGUGUGAUUGUGUUUCUGUACCUUGCUAACGUUUUCGAGUACUAUUUCUACGUGAAAGUACCUCAAUACUUCGGAGCAGCGGUCAUCUCCAUCGUCACACUAGACGUCAUUGUCGGCUACGAACUGCAAGUGAAAAAGAUUGGGGUAACUGCAGCAGAGUCGAACGGACAACCCUACUACCAAAUCUACCUCUUCGGACCAUACAAACUAGCUGCCGUCGCGGCCGGCUGCGCCAUCUCAUUCUUCUGGGUGAUCUUCCCCUACCCGAUCACAGCAAAAUCGCAACUGCGCAAGCUCCUCGGCCGCAGUCUCUUUAUCCUCGCCAAGUUCUAUAGCUGCAUGCACACAACCAUCGAGCUCUGGUUUACCGGAGACCUGGGAAAUGCAGACGACAAGACAUCACCAGGCCACCAGCUCCUCGUCUCCCGACACAAGAUCUUCAAAGAGGAAAUGAUGCUUCUGACCGAACUGCGAAUGCACAGUCUUUUCAGCAUAUUCGAGCCGCCGAUCGGGGGUAAAUUCCCAAAGCAGAUCUACGAUAAUAUCAUCGGCGAGAUUCAGCAGAUUCUGACGAGUAUGUCGCUGAUGGCGCAUACCACACAAGGUCUGGAUACCCUUGCUAUAGAGUCGGAGCAUUCGGGUCAUGACGGUAAUGAGCAGUGGAUGGCGAGGUUGGCGGAGAUAGCGCUCAAGUCGGCGGACUUCAAUUCGCAUCGCAUCACGUCAUUGCUAUGCCAUCUUUCAGCUGCUAUCAUGAACUCGCAGCCCCUGCCUCCGUACCUGUCCACGCCGGAUUCGUUCCCACUUGCGCGGCAGAUGCAGAAGAUUGAUGAUGAGUUGUUGAGUAUUCGACAUAUUGAGGAUCCUGCUUUUUCGGCCUUUGUCUCGCUUGAGGUACUGAGAUCUGUUGUUAGCUUCAGCUUGCAGGAUCUCAUUGGUAAUGUGAAAAAGCUUGUUGGGGAGCUGAACUUUGACUUUGAUAUUCGACAUACUCAACGCCACGCCGAGUCCGCACAGCUGCUACACCAUAACGAAGAACAUGACUGA